UCCUCUUCUUCCACUUGAACUUGUGAAAAAACAAAAAGGCUUUCCAUCAUUCGCCGCACGCCUCUGCUACACCGUCUGUUUCAUCCCUCCGGCGCCGUCGACUUGAGCCGUUUCUAUCUAUUUCAGUCGACGCGAAGCCAUAACCGAAGAGGCGCACAACAUCGGUCCGGCGUCACUCCGGCUGGAGGCUCUCAUCUCUGCGACUCCGUCUCACAUUCUAUCAUCUCUGGCUCGCUACUUUGGAUCAUAGGAUGAGCAGACCUUCAGCACUCAAACGGAAACAGCCAGACUCUAAUUCCCCGUCGGAGUCUUUGACAGAGCACGAGAAAAUCAUAUAUAAUGUGAUCCGAAGCAAGCAAGAUAUGGGAAUUUGGACACGAGACAUGAAGAAGGAAGCGAACCUCCCUGACAAUCUGGUUGGCAAAUCCAUAAAAUCACUCCAAGCCAAGAACCUGAUAAAAGAGGUUGUAAAUGUCCAAAGCAAGGGGAGAAAGCAUUAUAUGGCUUCAGAGUUUGAGCCCUCCAAGGAGUUAACCGGUGGGGAUUGGUAUUCUAAUGGGACCCUCGAUAAAUAUUACAUAACCUGUGUAAAAGACGGGUUUGCAAAGAUCAUAUAUCAGCUCAAGGUUGCUACCUUGGAGGGAAUUUCUGAUGAAGUUAAAAAGAGUGGAAUAUUCAAAACUUCGUUCACAAGACCGCAAAUUGAGGAGAUUCUGAGGGUUUUGGUUUUGGACAAACGGAUCACGGAGGUGAAGAGCACUGGGAUGGGGGAGUUUGCUUCAUUUCCAGUUGGGAAAGUUUGCUAUAAAUCCACAAGCAAGGGAGGUACUAAACGGGAACCCAAAGUAGGGGCCAUGGCUUCCAUUCCAUGUGGAGUUUGUCCGCGGAUAAGUCAGUGUACGCCAGAUGGUAUUAUUUCCCCAAGGACGUGUGUCUACUUCACCAAAUGGUUGGAUUUCUGAAAUUAUCGUAUGCAGAGACAAUUAUUUGGUAUGCUUUUGGAGGUCUUCUUUUGUCCAUGUGAUGUAUGUCUUUUUACCUUGUUUAACAAAGUUAUUGGUUUCUGAAUCUUUUUGGUUCAACCUAUUUUCCUA